GUGCACUUGAGGUUUCAGCAGGCUAGCCAGGAAUUUAAGGGGCGCAUGCUCAUUAGAAAGGGCUGGCAUGCUGAGAAGAAGCUGCAAACAUUUUGGAAAAAGCAUGCGGGGUCCGCCGCAGCUGAGGGGCGCUGCCAGAUUCUGGGAAGCGUAGGUCGCUGCAAUAAUGCGUCCACUUUCGUUUGGGGGCUACGACAUGGAUCCGCAUGGGGUGGGGCUCCUUUUUCUUGGCGCAGUUGGGGGUGCUCUUCUUCUCCCAUUGCUGCGCCUGCUCAAGUGGCUGGUGACGUCAUUCUGGGAGGAGUCGGUCCCGCUGAUCGAGGUGGGGACCGAGAAAGUUGAUCGGGUGGAAAAGUCAAAGCGUGUCGAGAACCACUACAUCUAUGUGCCUCGGAAGAAAGACGAGCAUCCGAAUCGAGUCAAUUGCUACGAUCCGGCGACCAUGGAGUACCUUGGAUUUGUUCCAGCCCUGAACGCCGAGUCGGUGCGUGCACAUGUGGAGAAAGCGAGGGCCGCGCAGAAAGAGUGGUGCAAAAGCAGCUUUGCCGUCCGGCGACGGCUGCUCCGAGUCCUUCUCAGAUAUAUUGUGGAGAAUCAGGAGAUCAUCUGUCGCAUCUCUGCGCGCGACUCUGGGAAGGUAAUGGUCGACGCGGGGCUCGGGGAAGUCCUCACCACGUGCGAGAAGAUUGCGUGGCUGCUCUCGGAAGGCGAGCGGUGGUUGCGGCCCGAGCGGCGGUCCGUCGGACGCACGAUGCUGCACAAGGUCGCGCGCGUGGAGUACGAGCCGCUCGGCGUUCUGGGUGCAAUCGUGCCAUGGAACUACCCGUUCCAUAACCUGUUUAACCCAGUACUAGCGGGCGUGUUUGCGGGAAACGCGGUCGUAGUCAAGGUAUCCGAGCACACUAGCUGGUCCGCCGGUUUCUACCAGUCCAUCAUCCACAAGGCCCUCGAGACCGUUGGCGCCCCGCACGACUUGGUGCACAUUGUUACCGGCUACGGGGCGACCGGGCAAGCCCUUGUCGAGUCCGGUGUGAAUAAGCUCACGUUCGUCGGGAGCACUGCCGUGGGGAAGAAGGUCAUGGCGGCGGCCGCAGAAACCUUGACACCGGUGGUUCUGGAACUAGGGGGAAAAGACCCGUUCGUAGUCUGCGACGACGCAGACCUGGAACAGGUGGUGUCAAUUGCGCUGCGGGGGGCGUUCCAGGGGAGCGGGCAGAACUGCGCGGGGGCGGAAAGGUUUUACGUCCAGGAGGGUAUUUACACCGAGUUUGUGGACAGGGUGGUGGGCAGUGUGAAUACGAUGCGGGUGGGGCCGGCGCUCGAGCGGGGGCACAGUGACGUGGACAUGGGGGCGGUGUGUAUGCCGACACACGUGGAUCACUUACAGAGCCUUGUAGACGAAGCGGUCGCGGCAGGAGCGAAAGUGCUUGCGGGGGGCACGCCGUUGCCUGAGAUAGGGGGGCACUUCUACCCCCCCACUGUGCUGGUGAAUGUCAAUCAUGGGAUGCGGAUAAUGCAGGACGAGGUUUUCGGACCGAUCAUGUGCAUCAUGCGAUUCGACACGGACGAUAAAGCGGUCGAGCUCGCAAACGACUGCCGAUUCGGACUGGGGAGUAGCGUGUUCUCGGGGAGCAAACGACGGGCGCGCGCGAUCGCGAGCCGGAUACGGGCCGGCAUGGUUUCCAUUAACGAUUUCAACGCGACGUAUAUGUGUCAGUCUCUGCCGUUCGGGGGCGUCGGUGACAGCGGCUUUGACCGCUUUGCGGGCGUCGAAGGGUUGCGCGGGUGCUGCUCCGUCAAGUCGAUUGCGGAAGACAGGUUCUCGUUCGUCAAAACGUACAUUCCAAAGCCGAUCCAGUACCCCGUAUCAAGCUCGGGGUUCCAAUUCCUGCAAGCCUUAGUGGGGCUCUUCUACGGGGCGGGCUUGCGGCGGAAGGUCAGCGCGGGCUGGGCUUUGGUGCAAUGCAUGCUGCCGCCGCCGAAAGCCGUAGAAACGCAGGCGAAAACGAAGGGGUCGAAAAAGGCGAAGUAGCGGAAACCGCUACCGAGAGGGGCCGAAUCGGUGCAAGGGAAACUGGGAAGCGUACGGAAAACGUGUAGUGUCCAAACAUUCUUUGCUGCAAACGCUUGAACAAGGUAGAUGUGGAAGCUUGCAAGGCAGCUGGCAGCAGCCCGGCCGUGGGAAAGCAAAUUUUUCCGUGCGGUCAGUCAUGUAGUCAAUAAGGACGAAGGCCAAAGUAAGGUCACGCAAGCCUGAGUGUAUGGCUAUUCAUGCCCCAUUUAUUCGAUCGGCGGUGAUUUGUGCUCAGUGCUACAACUCCGACUUCGUAAGAAACACAGGUCCUCAGAUGACUUGCAAGUGACAAGAAUCAGUGUCUUUGCCAUCGUGCGAGGGACUCAACAGCGUCCUGGCAAUUGACGGUCGGAUCUUCGUGCAGUAC